UUCCUGUUGCAGAUAAGCCCAGCUCAGCCCAGCUGACCCCAGACCCUCUUCCCUCACUCCCCCCAUGUCGCAGGAUCAAGACCCUGAGGCAGAGAGCCUGUUCACCAAGUCCCCCGCCCCGCCCCCAUCACCCCGUAAACUUCUCCAGCCUCCGCCCCGCCCUCACCCAGCCCGCUGUUCCCCAAGCCCCGCUCCAAGCCCACGCCACCCCUGCAGCAGGGCAGCCCCAGAGGCCAGCACCCAUCCCCGAGGCGGGGGUCGCGGCUCGGCCCCGCCCCUGCCCCUGCAACUUGAGCCUGGCUGCGACCCCUGCUCUGACGUCUCGGAAAAUUCCCCCUUGCCCGGGCCCUUGGGGGAGGGGGUGCAUGGUAUGAAAUGGGGCUGAGACCCCCGGCUGGGGCAGAGGAACACGCCAGAGAACACUCAGAAGGCAUCGCAUCCAUGGACCUGUGGAACUGGGAUGAGGCAUCCCCACAGGAAGUGCCUCCAGGGAACAAGCUGGCAGGGCUGGAAGGAGCCGAAUUAGGCUUCUAUGUCCCUGAUGUGGCACUCCAAGGGGACACGCCGACAGCGACAGCAGAGACAUGCUGGAAAGGUACAAGCUCAUCCCUGACAAGCUUCCCACAGCUGGACUGGGGCUCCGCGUUACUGCACCCAGAAGUUCCAUGGGGGGCGGAGCCCGACCCUCAGGCACUUCCGUGGUCGGGGGACUGGACAGACGUGGCGUGCACAGCCUGGGACUCUUGGAGUGGCGCCUCGCAGACGCUGGGCCCCGCCCCUCCCGGCCCGGGCCCCGCCCCUGCUGCCGGCUCCGAAAGCGCCGCGGGCCACAACUGCAUCCCCGCGGAGGGAGGGGCCACCUUGUGGUCGCGCGCCCAGGCCGCCGGGAGCAACACCACCUGGGACUGUUCUGUGGGCCCCGACGACAUCACCUACUGGGGCAGUAGCCUGGGCGGGGAGCCGCGCACGGACUGUACCAUUUCGUGGGGCGGGCCCGCGGGCCCGGACUGUACCACCUCCUGGAACCCGGGGCUGCGUGCGGAUGGCACCACCUCUUUGAAAGGGUACCAGAGUUCAGCUCUCACCAUUUCCUCCGAACCGAGCCCGCAGUCGGACCGUGCCAGUUUGGCUCGAUGCCCCAAAACUAACCACCGAGGUCCCAUUCAGCUGUGGCAGUUCCUCCUGGAGCUGCUGCACGACGGGGCGCGUAGCAGCUGCAUCCGUUGGACUGGCAACAGCCGCGAGUUCCAGCUGUGCGACCCCAAAGAGGUGGCUAGGCUGUGGGGCGAGCGCAAGAGAAAGCCGGGCAUGAAUUACGAGAAGCUGAGCCGAGGCCUGCGCUACUACUAUCGCCGCGACAUCGUGCGCAAGAGCGGGGGGCGCAAGUACACCUACCGUUUCGGGGGCCGCGUGCCCAGCCUAGCCUAUCCGAACUGUGCGGGGGGCGGAAGGGGAGCAGAGACACAAUAAAAAUUACCGGUCAGACCUC